ACCUGCCUCUUGUGUCCAUGUCCUCAACUGACUGCAUACUGGACACCACCUCCAUCCUGCCCACGGAGAGUCUGCUGCUGUGAAGCCUCAUCAAAGAUGCCCCUCUGUAUCUCCAGCAUCUUCCGGGAUGCUAAAACAACUUGCAUAUUCUUUGGUACCAUCCUUGUGAUAUAUUACUUUAUCAUGGAUAUCUUCUUGUACAGGAGAUUUAAGACAAUCAACAUUGUGGAGGAUUCCAAACCAGGCCCAGCGGAGGAGUCAUUUUCUUCGUUCACUCAUUUGUCAGUGAAGGCACUCAUGAAUGACCACACCAGCCAGUACAUAAUUAACCCCAGUGCCGAGUACUUUGACCAGAUAACCAAAUUCUCCACGACUUUCAGCUUUGUGACUCCGAACAUGAUCUCCAUUACACAUCUCAUCCUAGGACUGGUGUCUGGGAAGUUCAUUGCUUCCGAGAACUUGUAUGAUCGCAGGGUUGGUGUGGUCAUCUUUGAAAUCAGAUCCUGGCUGGAUUCAUUUGAUGGGGUCGUUUACAGAUCCCAGUCUGGCACCCACUUACAGUUCCAGUCUGUGAAGUCCACAACGGGAUACUAUGUAGAUAUAAUUUGUGAUGCUCUUGGGGGUGUCUUUCUUUGCUUUGGGAUUCUCUUUUACCUCUGGAAACGAUUCGAUCCCUACAAGCAGGAGCUCCCAUCAUGGAAUAAGAAUCAGGAGCUGAGCCUAAAGCCCGGUAUUCCCACGAAUGGUCAAACUCAGAGCAGGGAGACGUACAGUAAGAAGCAUCUAUUCUGGAAAGUGUUUUGCUAUGGUAUGUGCCUGGCUUGUGCUGGAAAGUUCUGGGACUUGACAGUUGCUGAUUUCACGGAUAUCUUUCAGAAACCCCUUAGUGAUCCAAAGACUUCACUUCUGCAAAAUGAACUGUGUCACUCAACAACUACUGUCAUCUUGUUCUACCUCUGGAGACUCCUGGAAGGUCAAGCACUACUGCAGUAUAUUCUCAUUCCCAUCAUUAUUGACAAAAUUUGGGAAUUCUUGAACUACACUCAGUACGUCCUGCUGUUUGUGAUCGUAGCCUUGUAUGUGACCUGUCUGAUAUAUAUUCACCAUUUACGAACACUGCUGAAUUUGUAG